AGCUCGCCAUGGGUUCCCCACAAGGCCUCCUAGCUACCUAGCACCUCCCCACCACGCCAUUACAAUCUUUUCUUCCACGGGGGAGGAAAGGGAAGGACGCUCUUCAGGCCAAGGGAGGAAGAAGCUAAUUAAGCGGAUCAAUAAAGGAAGAGAGCGAGAUAGGCGCGUCGAGAACAAUGGCGAGCAAGGCCCAUCUCUCCUUCUUGCUUCUCUCGGUCGUCGUGGCCUCCCUGGUCGGCUCGUCCGCCGGCGUGUUCCACAUCGUCGGCGCCGGCAAGGGGUGGACCAUCGCCCCCAACCAGACCUACUACGCGGAUUGGGCUCGCACCCGGGACAUCCGUGUCGGCGACAAGCUCAUGUUCUUGUACCGGAGCGGGGUGUACGACAUCGUGGAGGUGCCGACCAAGGAGCUGUUCGAUAAGUGCAGCAUGAACAACGUCACCAUGCGGUACCAGCUCGGCCCCACCAUCAUCAAGCUCACCGAGCCUGGCCCACGCUACUACUUCUGCGGCGUCGGCAAGCACUGCGAGGGAGGGCAGAAGGUCGCCGUCAACGUCGCCCCAGCCGUGGCGGCCCCAGCAGGGUUGCCCGUGCCCACGCCACCGGCGGCGUUGGCGCAGCCAGCAAAGAAGAAACUAUAGGAGAAUUGUAUGUAUGUAUGUAUUUUUUGCGGCACAAAUUAACAGCCAUCUGGGCUUGGGUAUAUUUUACUUACACUAAGCCACGGCGCAAUUGGAUCGUUCGUACGUACAUGGUGUACGUACAAAGUUGCCGUGUAUGUACAACAGAAUGAGGUGUGGCACAUUGUGCCGGAUUUGCUUUAGUAUGUAUCAUUUCACCGUAUCAGCUAUAUGUAUACUAGAAAAUUAUUCACUGUGUUUCCAUA